AGGAGGAGAGAGGGAGAAGGAAUCAGAGAGAGGGACAGCCUCUCUUGAGCAGAGCCGGGAGCCGGCAGUUUCCAUGCGGAGGAGCAGCAGCGAGCAGGGGGAUGCCGAUCACAAGGAGGUCCCGGGAAGGAGCAGCCUGACCCCCGUGUCCGGAGAGCCUGAAGCCCCCAUUCAGACUGAGUGCAGCGGAGAUGAACCGCUUGUGGGUGGCCGCCUGUGUCCUGCUGUCCCUGGGCGGCCAGCCCCGGCUAAUCGGAUCAAUAGAUGCGCCUGGGGUGAGGCGGCACUGUGAGUCUGGAGCCUGUAACCCUCGGCUGGGGAACCUGGCUGCAGCCAGAGAGCUACGAACCAGUACCACCUGUGGCAUUAACUCCACCGAGCUCUUCUGUUCGUACUCAAGGAGGGGUUGUGAGGAUCCACCAAGAUGUGAGAAGUGUAGUGGGACCCAUGGCCACCCAGCCACUGCAAUGACUGAUUCUUCAUUCCAGUUCCCACACACCUGGUGGCAGUCAGCCCUGGGGAGCUACAGGGAAACCAUCCAGCUGGAUCUGGAGACCUACUUUUACUUCACCCACCUCAUUAUGAUCUUUAAGUCUCCUAGGCCUGCUGCCAUGGUUCUGGAACGUUCCCAAGACUUUGGUUCCACCUGGAAACCCUACAAGUAUUUUGCCACGAACUGUAGUGACACCUUUGGGCUACCAGAUGAUCAGAAUGGCGUUGGGGCAAUUUGUACUUCCAGAUAUUCAAAUCCACUUCCUUGUAGCCGAGGAGAGGUUAUAUUCCGUGUUCUCUCCCCUCCGCAUUCUGUAGAAGACCCGUACAGUAUUCAAGCUCAGGAGCUGUUGAAAGUUACCAACAUCCGUGUCUGCCUGCUUAAACGUCAGCCGUGCCCCUGCCCGGCCCAAGCCACCAGCCUCAAACCCCAGCGAUUUGCGUACUAUGGAAUCUAUGACUUCAUUGCGAUGGGGAGCUGCUUCUGUAAUGGCCAUGCUGAGCAGUGUGAGCCGGCUGAUGGUUUCAGAGCAGUGAGGGGCAGGUUUCUGACUGUGGUCCAUGGGAAGUGUAUCUGUGAGCACAAUACUGUGGGUAAGCACUGUGAAAGGUGUGAUCCUUUGUAUAACGACCAACCUUGGAGGCCUGCAGAUGGCAAGAGGGGAACCGCGAACCAAUGCCGGAAAUGCAAGUGCAAUAACCAUGCAAACAGCUGCCAUUUCGACCUGAGCGUGUGGUUGGCAUCGGGUAAUCGUAGUGGUGGAGUGUGUGACAACUGCAAGCACAACACAGAAGGCCAGCACUGCCAACAAUGCCAGUCAGGUUUCUACAGGAAUCUCAAUGUCCCUCUCUCUGCCCCAGACACCUGCCUGGCUUGCACGUGCCACCCUGGUGGCUCUGCCAUCUUACCUUUACAGCCCCACAUCCCCUGUGAUCCCAUGACUGGUGACUGUUUGUGUAAACCUGGCGUGGCUGGGCCCCGCUGUGCCAAGUGCAUGCUGGGAUACUGGGGUCUUGGAGAAUAUGGCUGCCGACCAUGUGACUGUGCGGGAAGCUGUGACCCUUAUACCGGGGACUGUACCAGCAGCCCUGCUGAAAUGAACUGGUAUCAGCGGCCUGCAGACACAGUGCAGAACCAGGGCCUUUUCUCUGCACUCACUGGGAAAGAACUCACCUGGGACUGGGAGGACGAGCAAGGUUUCUCCGCUCUCAGACAUUCAGGAAAGUGUGAGUGCAGAAACCAGAUCUUGGGAAAUCCCAAAGUCUUCUGCAACAUGAAGUAUACAUUUGUCCUGAAAGUAAAGAUUCUCUCAGCUCAUGACAAAGGCUCACAUGCAGAGGUCAAUGUGAAGGUCAAGAAGGUGUUGAAACUGACAAAGUUAAAGAUUCACCGGGGCAAGCGAGUGCUGUACCCAGAAUCCUGGACAAACCGAGGCUGUACCUGCCCAGUACUAAAUCCUGGUACAGAGUAUCUUGUAGCAGGGCAUGAGGAUGUUCACAGUGGCCGACUGAUAGUCAACAUGAAGAGCUUCGUCCAGACUUGGAAACCAGAUCUAGGCCGGAGAAUGGCGCACAUCCUGAGAGCAAAAUGCUAGUAGUGCCUGUUGUUUUACACCAGGAUGAUGUUUCCCAAUGGUAUUGAGCAGGUCUCUGUCCUAGGGGAAUCUGUAAGCCAAGGAUUGUUACGUUAAAGCUCCAAACAGAAUGGUUGCACAUCUAAGUAUCUGCUGCGCUGGUUGUGAACCAAAGUUGGCCUUGAAUUCUUUUCUUUCUAAAAGAAAACUCUUGCUUUUUUUAUAUGUAAUAACGCACUUUAUUAGCUGACGGGUCAUGAUGGAGGAGAGAUUAUUACAUACACGACUUGAAAAGUUAAUGAGUUAUGGGUGACAGGAGAUCUACUAGCGUUAAUCCAGCUGUACCACCCCCCACUCCUCAAUUUGUAACAUUGACAUAGACUUUGAAUCAGAAGGACUCAGGGGGACUUUACUUUAGGAGAGUUUUGUGCAUUUACAAAUCACAGAAGAAAGUCAAUUGGAAUGUUUUGACCUGAUAAUUGCCUGUUGGCUUCUUUCAUGUUGAUAUCAAGGACUGAUCCUACAGACCAAGAAUAAGUGAAAUUGGACACUUCAGAAUGUUCAUCAGAACACAGGACCGUUGCCUUUUGUGGUGAGAAAGUGUCCUCAAACGGUGUCAUUUCUCUAAUUUUAAGUCCCCCUAUACCACUGGACUCAGUGUCUAACAUUAAACGUUUUCUGCAAAUGAAUGAUAGUUUUAUGUAGAUGUACACCUUAUGCACUGGACCUUAAAAGGGAAAAUUGCAGUGUUACAUGAUAAUACGAUGUGUAGACUUGGAACAAUAAUGUAUAGAUAUGUGUAUGCACUUAGCAGUCCUAUGGAUUUGCAAAAAUUGACAUUUUGCCAUUUAUUUUUUAUUUCUUAAGUUACGCAAUAAAAUUGACAAAGCUGUACAGUUGCUGAAUCCUCUCUGCUCGAUUCAAUAAUAAACUAUAGGCCUGAAA